UUGUACAUAUUUCCAUGAUCAAAACUACCCUAAUAAAGUUGCUCAUUGUGACUUAUGAGGUGUGCUAGCGUCAUUGCGGACUCUUUAAUCAUAGAUUGCACUUAUUUAUAAACUUGCUUUAAAUAAAGAGUCAUGAGCUUCAACUGAAAACCUCAAAGAUAUCUCAUUUUAUCAUUUAUUGUUUCUUAGAAUUUUUUAACACCCUUUGAACUAUAUAUAUUAAUGGAAGUUGAGAGGACUCCAGCUACUAAAGAAAGCAAAUAUGAGGUAAGUUUCACCAAGAAACACAUUGUGAAAGCAUUAAAUAUUUCCUCAUUACCAAAAUCAAGCAUCUUAACCCUUUCCAAUUUAGAUUUACUCUCUGGUCGAUUUCCCGUAACAUACUUCUAUUUCUAUCAAAACUCACUUGGGAAUAACACUUUCUCUAUAAACAAGCUCAAAAGCUCUCUAGCUAUUACUCUUGAGCACUAUUAUCCCUUCGCUGGUCGAAUUGUUCAAAAUCCAUUUACUAGUGAGCCUCAAAUCAUAUGUGAUAAUUCUGGUGCUCUUAUUGUGGAAGCUGAAGCUAAUAUUCCAUUAAAAAUGUUGGAUUUCUACAAUCUAAAUGAGUCUCUUGAAGGAAAACUAGUUUCAAUCGUUCCUGACUUCCCUCUCCAAAUCCAAGUUACACACUAUACAUGUGGAGGCAUUUCUAUUACAUUUACUUUUGACCAUGCCUUAGGUGAUGCUUCUGCCUUUGGUAAGUUUCUUCUCUCAUGGUCCCAAAUAGCUCAAAAUAAGCCCAUGCCAUGCACACCAAACCACAAGAGGAACCUCUUUGCACGUAACCCUCCAACUUAUCACCCUUCUUUAGACCAAAAGUUUGUCAAGUGUACCAUGGAAGAAAUUACAAACAUACCAACUCCAAAAGUUUUGCUAAAGAGACUCUAUUAUAUCCACGUGUCGAGCAUUGAUUGGCUGCAAAGUCUCGCAAGCAAAGGCAGUAAGGAGCAGUACACGAAAAUAGAGGCAUUCUCGGCCUACGUGUGGAAAAUUAUGGUCAAAGCUAUUGACAAAAGCCAUGUUAUGUGCAAGAUGGGUUGGUUGGUUGAUGGACGUGAAAGAAUGUGUGUUGGUGGAGAGAAUAAUUCAAUGUCAAAUUACAUAGGGAAUGUGCUUUCAGUGGGUUUUGGAGAAGCAAGAGUUGAUGAGUUGAGGCAUGGUUCCAUACAAACCAUUUCUGGAAAGGUCCACGAGGCCAUUUCGAAAGUGACUAACGAGGCCCAUUUCAGGGACUUGAUUGAUUGGAUCGAGAGUCAUAGGCCUGGGCUGAUGUUAUCAAGAGAUAUAUUGGGCCAGGGAGGCCCUGCUAUAGUUUUAUCUUCAGGAAGAAGGUUCCCGGUUGCUGAAUUGGACUUUGGGUUCGGUAGUCCAGUUCUGGGAACAGUGUGCUCCACAGUUAAGAAGAUUGGAGUUGCUUAUAUGAACCAAAGGCCUAGUGCCACUGGAGAUGGCUCCUGGACUGUAUCCGCCAUCCUAUGGCCGGAAUUCGCCUCUGUCUUGGAGUCGGAUCCAAUAUUUCAACCAAUGACUAGUCGGCUUCUUCACUUGUUCUAAAGAUAUAUGUAUUAAUUUGUAAUAUGGUAUUUACCCAAUAAAUACCUACUGUUUCGAGUUUAUAUAUUGUUUUUUUUUCAACGGUAUAAAUACUGUUUAUACCUGAUGUAUUAAUUUGUAAUAUUACUAUUUUUGUUGUAUGUUAAUAUUAGGAGUUUUUUAAAUCUCAAAAAAAAAAAAUAUGAGAUUUUUUUUAAUCAA